AUGUGUAGGUGUGAGUACGACACGCAAGAUAAGCUGCACAUCGGUUGCCUGGGUACGGUUCGUGACGUGUUGGUGAAAGCGCUGCAUCGGAUGAAAUAUUUCACCUCUACACCUGUUUGCCAAUCAGCUGGCACGCACACUACGAAAGCGCGCAGUGCGGGUUUGACAGCAGGCGUACCUGUCACAGCGUGCGACAGAAUAUCCCACAAGAAAGCAAAACACACACACCAAACAGUUCGAAAACGCAUCACACACCAAAAUGCAGCUAUUUUACAGCCGCGGCUAGUGUUUUGUAAGUGGCGCACAGUUCCUCAUGAAGCAUUUUCAAUCGUUGCUGUUCAAUCGGGGCAACCAAUAACAUCAUUUUACGUGAGUGAAACAAACUACGCCUGACUCACGGCCGCCCGUCCUCGGCGUCGCGGAUGCCGUCACUGCGUCGCACAAUGGCUCUCACGCGGUACCAUCUACACAAGCGAAACUGUGUCGGCAUCUUUCCCCUUCUGUGUGCCUUCCUGUGUGGCGUGCUGCUCACGGCACUGAUUGCCAACACCAGCCCAACCUGCAGCCCGACCGGGCGCGUGUACGAUCCGGAAAAUUCCUACUUCCUCAUACUGCUGAUCGUGACCGCGCCCGAAAACUUCGAGCGCCGCAGCACGAUCCGCGAGACGUACCUGAACCUGCGGCCGCGCAUGAUCAACGAAAGCUACCAGGAGGAGCUGAUCCACAUUCCGCCGCUCAACGAGCGGGGCCACGUGCAGCUCGAGUCGGUCGCAACGCAGCGCCAGCUGCUGGGCAACUAUCGGGCCUGGCAGCAGAAGCCGAUCAAAAACAUCAAGGUGAUUAACUUCAAGAUCAAGCCGCUGUUUGCGAUCGGGAUGUACGGGCAGCCGAAAAACGUGCGCCGUGCCAUCUACGAGGAGCAGCGCGUGUUCGGGGACAUUCUCGAGCUGGAGCAGCUGCAGGAUUCGUACGCGAACCUGACGGCCAAGGUGCUUUACAGCAUGCGGAAGAUUGAUGAGAAGUAUGACUUCAAGUAUCUGGCCAAGCUGGACGACGACACGUACGUGAAGCUCGACCUGCUCGCGGAAGAUUUGCUCAGCUACUACGAAAAGCUGCACCAGGUACAGCAGCAGCAGCAGCAGCAGAAGACCGAUAACCACCCGAACAACAACAACCACCACAAGAGCGCUCCACUGCUGGAGCUGUAUUGGGGCUACUUCCGUGGGGCAGCCACGAUUCAAAAGCACGGCGUGUGGCAGGAGACCGACUACACGCUGUGCGAUCGGUACGGACCGUACGCGUUGGGCGGUGGGUACGUGCUGUCCAAGGGGCUGGUGUCGUACAUCGCCACGUACGCCGAGCAGCUGUCGCUGUACAAGAGCGAGGACAUUGCGGUCGGCACGUGGCUCGCACCGUUCCGCAACAUUCACCGCCGGCACGACGUGCGGUUCGACACGGCGUGGAAAGCGCGCGCCUGCAAGGACUACCACAUGCUGCUACACAAGCGUACCGCGCGGCACAUGCGCGACCUUUACGCCGGGGAGCUGUGCACGCACGAGGAGGACCAGCCCGACGGCAAACCGGCCGCACUACCGAAGGAGUAUUUCUACGACUGGACGCAGCCGCCGAGCUCCUGCUGCAAGACGGCAGUAUAGGGUCGCCGAUGGCCAUGGCACCAGCACACAGACGAGACGAAGUAAGAUAGUAAUGCACUGCAAAGGCGUUUGCAUUGUGAUGAGCGGGGUUUUGUACAUAACAAACACACGCGAAGAGGGAGCAUUUUGAGUUGAAGUGUGUUUGGAGGCAGUAAAUCUCUCAUUUACAAGGCAAGGCUGCCGGUCACACUUAGUAUGUAAGCAUUACACACAAAAACACACACACAACAAAACCGACCAGCUGAGGCAGCAUCUCACCAUUAGCAUUAGCGGGAGACACGAUUUAACAGUAAAAUCGACAAAUCACAUCGGCAGCAGUUUGCGCACGAACCAGUUGACUUAAAGCGAAAUAAAUUAUUUGUACUAAAAA